CGGACAACCUUCAUUCAGCACCCCGCCAACACUCCAUAGAAAACAAGGGACACAAUUAACAAAAGAAACCAUGCCUCCCCCCUCCGGGGAUAACAGCGCCCAUGCUGUGAUUACCCUGCGCAUGAUAAACAAUGUCAUUUCAGAGCAUACCUCACCAUCCACCAUCCCUUUCAUGAUCUCGCAAUUAUACAUGACUCCGGUACUCGAAACCUGCGCUUCUCUGUCGACGUCUCCGAAAUAUACCGGUGGCAAGUCAGAGGCGUCUGCUCUCUUGCACAGGUUCAAGACGAGGGUCUCCUCCCUCCUCCAGAGCAAAUCACCAACGGACAAGUGGACCGGCAUGGCGUUGGCAAAGGCGGCAAUGGAGAGCAGCUUUGAAUGUUUAGCCUCGAAUGGUGAGGUUUGGGUUAGGUUGAUGGUCCCAGCAUUAACUAAACCCGAACCGCCCUCAACAACCAACUACGCAAUUGCUACACUAACCCGAGUAUUCACUGUACUGACUGUUGACAAACCAGCCCUAAUCCGCCAGAUUGUGUCGCCAAAUCUCCCGGCCACAAUUGGACAUAUACUGAAUAUACUUAAGCCGGUGAACUCAUCAGCCUCUGAUGCGAUGCUUUCGGAGGACACACUCGCCACGGCGUUGGAAGCGCUUAAGGACCUUCUAUGUCACAAUCCGGUUACGUUCCGUCCGUUUACACAGCGCACGCGAGAGAUUGUGCUUUCGGUGCUAUCGCCACAGUGCGGGCUUAGCAAGCUUGGACGAUUGGCGGGGGAUUUGUUUGUCUCAUUGCAUCUUUCCGAUACUGCCCCUCGCGGUGCCACUGGUGGGAUUAUAGCCAACCAAGGCGGCGGAAGUUUAUCGGGUAACAAGGCUACAGCGGUCGCAGAAGGGUGGACUCGUGCUGUCAAGUCAGUGAUUUCUGAGAUUAAUGAGCUGUUUAAUGUGAUUCUUAGAUGCACGGAUGAAGGGCAUCGCACCGGUAUAUCACGCCGGGAUAACAGUACAGAGGUUUCCGGUGUGUCAAAUAUCGGGUUGAGUGAGUGGAAGGGAAUCUCAAAGGGAUUUGACAGAGCGGAGAUGUUACUCAGGUUGUUGCCACGAUUCCUCUGUCAUCCAACGAGCUCGCAGGUUGUCAUCCCGCUCGGACAGUUUGUCGAACUUACUGGUAGGUUGGCCAGAAUAACCUGCGAGGCAGCUGAGAGCAAUACCGGGAUCGAGCGGCCUGAGCGAGAAACGGUUAUGGUUAGACUGCCGAGCUUAAAGUGCUGCGCAUUAAACCUACUGUCCUCUGCAAUAGAGCGGUUAGGGAGAAUAUUCGCACCAUUAGCAAAUCUAGUUAUAGAACAACUAGUUGUUAUAUACUCCGAACACCGGCCUGAUACGGGAAUCCGAACGGCAGUCUACACCCUCCUCACCGCACUCCUAAACCUCUUCGGCCCAGCACUCGACAAACAAACUGUAUCCUCAAUCCACCCAAUACUGUCCUCACUCUACGCUGACCUCGUCCUCAAUGCCGAGGAACCCAAAAAUUCUCUCCCUGCCAAACCCGCCGGGAAACGCAGCAACAGAAACACCGGAAAACAGAAGGAAGUCCACGCAGACUCGCUUCUCCCGCCGUCGUCGCGGCUCGACUCCCGGCCAACGUGGCUUCGGGGAUUGGUCUCCGCCGCGGAGGAACUUCUAGUAGCUGUACUGGGGAAGUUGCAGCCAGCUUAUGUCCGCCCUCAGACGAGAAGGCUGCUGGAGCGCGCAGCAGUAUUUACCGUGAAUGAGAAGGCAAUGAUGGCUAGCGUUUUGUUUCCCACCACUACUCCGAACGGUGAUCAGAAGGGCGGGAGUAUACUCCCCCAUCUCGUCGGCGCGAGUAGAGGGAAUUUGUCUGUUGAAGGGAUUGCUAGGCCUAGAUUGCCUGUUCUUUGGGUUGGCAGAGGGCGCCCUGGUGAGGCCGAAGAGGAGCAGGAGGAAGAUGAGGAAGAAGAAGACGAGGAAGAAGUGGUUGUGAAUCAUAAAACAAAUACAAUUCAAUCAAACACCAUAACUGAGAAACUAGGGGCAAAGCGCAGUGCAUCCCAUGGCGAAGAUACCGCCCCCUCUCCAAAGCGCCGGAAGUCGCAUACGCCAACACCUUCUCUUCUUUCUCCCCCAAAGCUGGAACCUGAUUCUGUCCCUACACCCGUUCAGGAAUCUCAGCCCAGCCAAGUAGUCUCUACAGCACACACCGCCCUAGAUUACACUUUUUUCAAAACCUCCCAACAAACAGUCCCCGAAACCCACUCCCAGUCUACUCUUACUCACACUGCCGCCGCCGCUGCACCACUACCCUCACCAGCUACAAUCACCAUCGCCACCACCACUACCACAACUCAGCACGCUGAAGCCAUCCGCGAAGGGGCCCGCCUCGAAGCGGUAGAUUCGGACGAUGAGAUGAUCAUUCCGGAGAUAGACAUGGGGGAGAGUAGCGAUGAUGUCGAUGAUGAUGGCGACGACGGGGACGAGUCGGAAGAGGUCUAG